CUCUAUCUGCUGAGUGUGGCGGCUCGUGGAACCACACGCCGUGUCGUUUCUGAGGACUUUUGGCGUCUGGAGCGUCGGAUAAACUCUCCGAAGUGAUGCGUAAAAAGGCGCACCGCUCGUCGUGACGCAGCGUCGCCGGUUUGGAUGCGGAGCCUCGUGAAACUUUUCUCGAGUGAGGAUUACGACCAUAAUGUGGAUCGUGUGGGUGUAUCUGCUGUUUGUUCGUUUUUCAGAUGGCGUGAUGGAUUUGACCAUGAUCUCAACAGCAGAGGUGACCAGUGUCAGUCACUUCUCCAUCUCUUGUAUCAGUGGUGAGCGCAACGCUGCCCAAUUUAACCUGGACAUCAGGAGGGACAACAAAAUCCUUGUAUUCCCCCAGAAGCCAAACUUUAAAUUACACAGGCCGCAGAACAAGAAGGUGGUGGCCAGAGACUUCAGUCACCUGGAUAACAUUGGCAUCUUCUACUGUGAAUCCAGUGAAGCACCGACAGAGAAGAUCAUAAUGAUCAGCAACUGUGGCCAUGCAAAUUUUGUUCCAACCCACCUGACAAUGACUGCAAACAAAGGAGACACGGUUCACAUCAGCAUGCAGCUCCUCACCCCCGAAAAGAGAGACGUGACCUGGAAGUACAACGGAAACUACUAUUACAUGACUCACUGGAACGAUGUGACGAACAGUACCGCUGUGCUGAUGGUGGAGAAUGCAGCUUUUCCCAAUCAGGGCAUCUACAGUGCCAGCUACGUGGGCGCCAGUCCGCUGAAGGGCGCGUGGAUGAGGCUCAUUGUCAGAGACUGUCCCAGUAAUAAAUGGGGUCCCUACUGCGACCAAGACUGUCAGGAGUGUCUGAAUGGUGGCAUGUGUCACGAUAUGGACGGUGACUGUAUCUGCCCUCCAGGAUUCAUGGGAACACGCUGUGAGACAGCCUGCAGAGAGGGAAUGUUUGGCAGGAACUGCCAGGAGUCAUGUGGCACAGAGAUUACAUGUAAGGGCCUGCGCUUCUGCCUGCCGGACCCUUACGGAUGCUCCUGUGCCAGCGGCUGGUUCGGGAGAAGCUGUGAGACCGCCUGCCACAAUGACAUGUACGGACCAGACUGCAAGCUGAGCUGCAAAUGCCAGAAUGGAGGAAUUUGUAACCGCUUCACUGGGUGCCAGUGUCCCACCGGCUGGAGGGGUCAGAACUGUGAGAAAUCUGACUGCGCACCCCAGAUCCUGGAACUGGGAAGUACUUUGGAGUGGAAUCUGAACUCCAGUCCAAAAAUCUCAUGUUCAGCCACUGGUAACCCCCUGCCGAGCCAUAGCAGCUUUGAGCUAAGAAAGCUGGACAGCACUGUAUUCAAGGCCACUCAAACCAUUAUGGAGUCCACUAAGAGCACAGCCCAGUUUCAGAUCCCUCGUCUGACUGCUGAACACAGUGGCCUUUGGGAGUGCAGGGUCUCUACUAAUGGAGGCCAGGACUCGCGCAAAUUCAACCUCACUGUCAAAGAGCCACCAGUGCCCAUGACCGCUCCCAAACUGCUGGAAAAGAGGAGUAAGCAGCUGUUGGUGAUGCCAAGAGACUCUUUCUUUGGAGAUGGGCCCAUUAUCUCCACCAAACUCCUCUACAAGCCCAUGGACAAUGGAGACUCUUGGUCAUCCAUAAUAGUCUACAGUGACAGAGAGCCCAUCACACUGAUGAACCUGAAGCCAUCAACACGGUAUCAUGUUUGUGUCCAGCUGAGCCGUCCUGGGGAAGGAGGUGAGGGAGUGCCGGGACCAGAGGCCAUCAUGGAGACCGACUGUCCUGAGCCCACAGUCCAGCCUGAGAUCGACAUCAGCUCGUUGGAAGGCCGCAACGCCACCAUACGAUGGCGACUGCCUGCUAACACGGGCAUUAAUGCAGGCACGGCAAGUGGCUUUUUAGUUCAGCUGUUUGGGCCGACACCCGACAGUGAGAAACUGCUGGAGGAGACCACCCUGCUCAAUGUGCUUUCCACCAAGUUCCACAACCUGCACUACCAGAGGGUCUACACCGCCGUGGUGCGCCUCAUCAACUGUGGCAGUCAGGGGCCCCCAUCCAGGCCCUACCACUUUCGCAUCGACAGCCAGGGCCCAUCGUUUCCACGCAACGUCCAGGCCCUGCCUCUUUCCGUAUCAGCCAUUCAAGUGAGUUGGCAACCCCCUGAGCAUCGCAAUGGAGGCAUCAAUAAAUACAUCAUCGAGUACCAGCCAGUCGGGCACGGGAGCCCGCACCCGUGGGUGGACACAGAUGAUGGGAACAAGACCACCAAAGACGUGACGGCACUCAAUAGCAGCACGCUCUACCAGUUCCGGGUGAGGGCGUUCUCCAAAGUCCCAGGAGAGUGGAGCAAUUUUGUUCAGGCCAUGACACAAGGAGACGGCUUUCAGAGUCAAACGCCGACCAUCCAGGGUGUGGCCAGUAGGCCCAGCGGGGACAGUUACCAACUGCUGGUGGUGGUUGUGGGCUCGGUGACGGUCACCUGCGUGACUAUCCUGCUGGUGCUGCUGGCUUUUUUCUACAUCCGCAAGAUGCUGCUCAGCCGCCGGCGCACGUUCACCUACCAGUCUGGAUCGGGUGAAGAAACGAUUCUGCAGUUCAACUCAGGAACUCUUACCCUGACGCGCAGGCCGAAGCCCACUCCCGAACCCUUCACCUACCCCAUACUGGAGUGGGAGGAUAUUAAGUUUGAAGAUGUGAUCGGAGAAGGAAACUUUGGCCAGGUCAUCAAAGCCAUGAUAAAGAAGGAUGGCAAUAAAAUGAGUGCGGCCAUCAAGAUGCUGAAAGAGUUUGCCUCUGAGAAUGACCACCGAGACUUCGCGGGGGAGCUGGAGGUGUUGUGUAAACUGGGCCAGCAUCCCAACAUUAUCAACUUGAUUGGAGCCUGUGAGAACAGAGGUUACCUGUACAUCGCCAUUGAAUACGCCCCCUAUGGAAACCUUCUCGACUUUCUGAGGAAAAGUCGUGUGUUGGAGACCAACCCAACCUUUGCCAAAGAGCACGGCACUGCUUCAACCCUCACAUCCCAGCAGCUGCUGCAGUUCGCUGUUGACGUGGCCACGGGGAUGCACUACCUCAGUGACAAACAGUGUAUUCACCGGGAUCUGGCAGCCAGGAAUGUUCUGGUUGGCGAUAACCUCGUAGCAAAGAUCGCAGACUUCGGCCUGUCUCGCGGGGAAGAAGUUUAUGUGAAGAAGACAAUGGGGAGGCUGCCUGUGCGCUGGAUGGCCAUCGAGUCCCUGAACUACAGCGUAUAUACAACCAAAAGUGACGUGUGGUCUUUUGGUGUUCUUCUCUGGGAAAUUGUAAGCUUAGGUGGAACUCCUUACUGUGGGAUGACGUGCGCUGAGCUUUAUGAAAAACUGCCACAAGGCUACAGGAUGGAGAAACCCAAAAACUGUGAUGAUGAGGUCUAUGAGCUGAUGAGGCAGUGCUGGAGGGAUCGGCCUUAUGAAAGGCCGCCCUUCUCCCAAAUCUCUGUUCAACUCAACAGGAUGCAAGAGGCCAGAAAGGCUUAUGUCAACAUGGCUCUUUUUGAGAACUUCACCUACGCCGGGAUAGAUGCCACAGCUGAGGAGGCCUGACUACCAGCCCCCCCAGACCCUCGCUUACCACGUAGCCUUAAGAGGAAACCUCAAGGAUGGACGCCGCGUUACUGCCGCUUACCUGUUGCUCAUCGUCGAGACAGGAAGACCAGGCGCUCCACUAAAAUCACCCAGCUUUAGACGGAGAACUGUGACAGGACACUGUGACUAUACUGGACGUGUCAACCGAUGUGGAUUAUGGCUGGGCCAUGGAUGCAGAGCUGGAGGGAAAAAAGGACAACUUUGUACCUCUUGAUCUGACAAAAGCUGCAACGUUGUACUUUUUUUUAUUGUGUGAGAGAAGACGACGGCGCUACGUGAUUUGCUUUAACACCACAGGGUCUGUGGGGCUUCAGUGCAGGACUUCAUCAUCUCUUAAAGGAGAAAAUCUUUUUAUAGAGGAUACAAAAAAAAG